AUGCUCGGCAAGGCGACAUUUGUAUUCUGCCUUCUGCUCGUCGUACUCUCUACGAUGGCAGCCGCUUUCGAGCAAGAGUAAGUGCCGCCAAAAAGAGUGGAAAUCCGAAACUCUCCGAUUUCAGCACCAUCCGCCCGUACUCGACACUUAAGCGCGGCAGUUUGUCGAACAUGAUGCGUAUCGGGAAGAGACAAAUGUCUCAGCAGCAGGACUUUUUGCAGUUCCCGAACGAAGGACAGGUCCCGUGUGAGAGUUGCAAUCUGGGCACGUUGAUGAGAAUCGGACGGAGAUGA